UUCUCGCGAGAUCUGGUGGAAGUUGUUUAGUCGCCGUGACGUCACGCGACGCCAUCUUGUUGCGAUCACCUUACGUGCAGCGAAGGCGAACAAGAAAAUUUCCUUGCCUUGAAACCAAAAAUUUGCCUGAAAACUCUAAAGCAACAUGUCUGACAGUGAGAAGGACAGUAAAAGCAGCAGUGAUAGUGACAGUGACAGCGGAAGUGAGAGUGGUAGUGAGAGUUCGGGGAGCAGCGACUCUGGCUCUGAACGCGGGACUCGUAUCCGCAGUUCUGUCGUAGUACACAAGCAGCAGAGACGGAGUGAUGAUGAUGAUGUAGGAAAUGCCGACCAGGAGGAGGCCUCACCUCGGAGACGUCAACGAUCUCCUAGCGAAUCUCCCCCAAGACGACAGCGAUCGCAGAGCGAUUCACCCCCUAGACACCAACGUUCCCCAUCUGGCUCACCCCCUAAGCGCUCACGCGAUUGGUCCCCUAACAAUUCUCGUCAACAACGGCACAGACGAAACACGAGCGAGUCACCGCAAAGACAGGAUGACUCAUCACCGAGCAAGCGACAACGAUCCCCCAGCGAGUCACCGCCACGGAGGCAGCAAUCUCCGAGAAAAUCCCGCUCUAGAUCCAGAUCGCCUGUCAGGAGACAGAGAUCCCCAGCUAGAAGGGACAGAUCAACGGUUACAAGGGGGAGGGGGAGAGGUGGUUAUGAGAACGACAGAAGGAGGGAGAGAGACAGAGAGAGAGACUGGGAGAGACCACCAAGGCAUGAUGACAGACGCUACAGACGGUCUCCUAACCAGCGGGACCGCUACGGAAACCGACGAGAAACGGACAGGGGAAGGGACCGUUACUCCGACAGAGAGAGGGACCGUAACUACGGGAGAGAGCGCGAUCGUAGCGCAGACAGAGAUCGCAAUUCUGAUAGAGAUAGGACGCGUACCUCUGACAGAGAUGGCAAAAACACCAGUAACAGUGACGAGCGGAAAUCUCGUGAUGAUCCACCUCAAACUGGAGAGGCUAACGCUGCGUCAGCAGAGGAACCGCCAGCGAAGAGAGUCCGUAAGGCGGACACGACGCUCGCCACGAGAACAGGAGGAGCGUACAUCCCGCCGGCCAAGCUGCGGAUGAUGCAGGAAGCAAUCACAGACAAGAGCAGUGCGGAGUAUCAGAGGAUGAGUUGGGAAGCAUUGAAGAAGAGCAUCAAUGGUCUGAUUAACAAGGCAAACGUCUCCAACCUUAAAAACAUUGUCAUGGAACUGUUCCAGGAGAACAUUGUUAGAGGGAGAGGCCUGUUGGCACGUUCCAUUAUCCAGGCCCAGGCGGCGUCCCCGACCUUUACCCACGUGUACGCCGCUCUGGUCGCCAUUAUCAACACCAAGUUCCCGCAGAACGGCGAGCUCAUCCUCCGCAGACUCACCAUGCAGUUCAAACGGGGCUACAAGAGGAACGACAAGAACAUCUGUCUGACUGCAACAAAGUUUAUAGCUCAUCUGGUCAACCAACAAGUGGCCCAUGAGUUGUUAGCUCUGGAGAUCCUGACCCUACUGUUAGAGAACCCUACAGAUGACAGUGUGGAGGUGGCCGUGGGUUUCCUGAAGGACUCUGGACAGAAACUUGGGGAAGUUUCCCCUCGAGGCAUCCAUGCCAUCUUUGAGCGACUUCGCAGCAUCCUACACGAGGCUCAGAUUGACAAGCGGGUACAGUACAUGAUCGAGGUCAUGUUCGCCGUGAGGAAGGACAACUUCCAGAACUUCCCGUCCAUCGUGGAGGGGCUGGACAUGGUGGACGAGGAGGACCAGAUCACACAUCUCAUCUCACUGGACGACGAACUCAAGACAGAAGAUAUACUCAAUGUCUUCAAGGUGGACCCAGAGUUCCUACAGAAUGAGGAAAAGUACAAGCUCAUCAAGAAAGAAAUCCUGGAUGAGUCUGAUGAUGAGUCGGGCUCCAGUAGUGGUGAGGAGGGGAGCGGCAGUGAGGAGGAUGAGGAGGACUCAGAUGAUGAUGAGGAGGCUGAAGAAGCAAAGAUGCAGAUUGAAGACAUGACAGAGACCAACCUUGUCGCACUGAGACGGACCAUCUAUCUGACUGUACAGUCAAGCCUGGAUUUUGAGGAGUGUGCUCAUAAAAUGAUGAAGAUGGAUAUCAAGCCUGGACAAGAGUAUGAGUUCUGCCACAUGAUCGUGGACUGUUGUUCCCAGCAGCGCUCGUAUGAGAAGUUCUUUGGCCUCCUCGGACAGCGUUUCUGUCAGCUGAAGAAAGAGUUUGUAGCGGAGUAUGAGAAGAUUUUUGUGGAGCAGUACACGACUUGUCAUCGCCUGGAGACCAACAAGCUCCGAAACGUCGCCAAGUUCUUUGGCCACCUGCUCUACACGGACGCCAUCCCCUGGACUGUGCUUGAGUGUAUCCACCUAAAUGAGGAAGAGACAACGUCGUCCAGCCGUAUCUUCAUCAAGAUCCUGUUCCAGGAGCUGUCAGAGUACAUGGGGCUUCAGAAACUCAACGCUCGCUUCAAGGACCAGUUCUACACCCCGUACUUUGAAGGCCUGUUCCCCAGAGACAAUCCCCGGAACACACGCUUCUCCAUCAACUUCUUCACUUCUAUUGGUCUGGGAGGCCUCACUGAUGAGCUGCGUGAACACCUGAAGAACGCCCCUAAGCUGAUCAUGCAGCAGACACAGGAGGUGGAAUCCUCCGACUCCUCCAGCUCGGACAGCGACAGCGAUAGUGACAGCGACAGCUCCUCAGACAGCAGCAGUGGCAGCAGCAGUGACAGCAGUGACUCAGGGAGUUCUUCGGAUUCUGACUCAGAAGACGACAAAAAGAAGAAGAAAAAGAAAGCCAAAGAUAAAAGGGAGACAGUAAGACAAGACAAGGACAAGGGGAAGAGAAGAAAAGACACCCCAAGUCCUGACACUGCCAGGAACAGGGAACCUCCCAAGGCUACGCAAAGAAGAGAAACGGAGACAAGAAACGACCGCUACGAUCGGGCGCGGGAAGAGGAACGUGACUACAGAGAGAGGGAGCAGUACCAGGAGCGGGAGUUCGUACGGAGACGGGACCAGCCGUACUACGAUUACGACGCGCCGGAUGAAAGAGACGAGGAGAGGUACGAACCACGCGACCACCGGGGGAGGGACGUGGUCAAGUACCGAGAAGAGGACCAAAGAGCCUGGAGAGAGGACGGAGAGAGAGAAGACAGAAGGAGGGAGCAGCGGAGAGGGAGGGGAGACGAGUGGGAGGGCGACAGGAACAGAGACUACGAUCGAGGGAGGGAGAGAGAGUGGGGGGAGAGAAGUAGGGAACGAGGGAGGGAAGAGAGAACAGAACGAGAGACAGGCAGGUCCGGAAGGGAGAGAAGAGAUGAGAGAGAGCAGGAUGACAGCAGGGAUUGGGGGAGGGGGGAGGAUAGAAGAAUAGAAGAGAGCCGGAGGGAGAGAUACGAGGAACGAGGGGGAAGGAGAAGCGAGGAAGAGAGGAAUGAAUACCCUCGGGAGGGGAGAGGGAGAAGGGUGGAGGAAAGGGAGGAUUAUUACGAUUCCUAUGACAGAGAGAGGGGGAGAGAGGAUGGACGAACGAGGAAGGCUAGAGAGGAAGAAGUGGAAGAGACAUAUGAUAGAGGGAGGGGAGAAAUGAGGAGGAACGAGGGCGGGACUACCGAGACAGAGGUGAGGACAAGGAAAACCCGGCGCGCUCGCAGCUCCAAGUCACCCGAACCCAGACGCAAUAAACGCAAGUACGAAGAGCAGUACGCUGAUAAAUACAGUGAAAGGGACAGAGGAAGGAGUGAUAGAAGGAGAGAAGUAGAAAGGGAUGAGUAUGACAGGAGGGAGAUGGAUAGGGAUGAAUAUGACUCCAGACGUAGAAGAUAAAACACACUAGGUCUCUACAGUUAACCUUCAGCCUGAUAUAGUUGCCGUUUGGCACAUAAUUUGUAUAGGUUAUGGGGUUAAGCAGCAGGGAGAAGGUUAAUAAAGCUCAAUUGUAAGCACAACAUGUAAGAUACCAAAUGUGACAUAUACUGCCAUAAGUCAUGAUAUGGGCCCAGUGUCAUAUACUGGUAUUGUACGAUCGUUGUAUGAUCGCAAACUGGGACAGUCACGCAUGUGUCAUGCAAAAUUCAGCUGUCUUGUAACGAAAAGGUUGUCACUGCCUGCUUGGCAAUUCUAUGCCAUCAAAAUCAUACAGUGACUUACGACAAGUCUGACCACCCCACAAGCAAAGCUGUUGCUGUAGCAGACCCAAUGUUGUAGGCUUACAUUAUGUAGCAAGUGGCAGGAUGAUUCCUGUGGCAGAAUAUCCUGUGAAACUCAGGCAUACAGGUCGGUAGACAUCCCAGCUGAUACACAGUCACAAAACUACAGUAACUCCUGAUAUUCUCCAAACUAAGUUUGGCAUUUUGCACUGAAUAGAGGUCUACCUCUUUGCAAAUACUGCUGUUCUGUAUAUUCCUUGGUCAAUUAUAGCUACUUUGUAAGUGUACUCUGCUAUUAACUACAUGUGUAUGAAUACAGUUUUGUGUGCCUAGAAUUCUUUGAAUGUAGUUAAAAUGGUGGUGGAUUUGAGAUGAUGGGGAGGGGGGUGCACUAUGAAGUUGAUGCUGUAUUUUCUGACUGAAAUCAAGAUCACUCAUCUACAUUGUAUAUACACCAGGAGUGUACCAUUGAGGACCAUGGGGUGUGUUUGAACAGCUGAUGCCGAUUUAUUUCUUGGUCAUAAUUUUCUGCAUAUGAUUGUUUCUUGCCUAUGUAUUCUCUAUUUCAUAACUUAAUGCUCAUACGUUACUUUCAUGGCCCAUACUGUACAGUUUUUGUUACUACUGUGUAUUUUCACAAUACUUGUACCUGCCCCCCACCAACAUGUAAUGGUUUGUCCCUAGCAGACACCAGUGACUUGUGUAAUAUGACAAUGAAGUUAACUUUGCCAACUUAAACAAUACAUACAAAAUGUCACAACAAAA